CGUUCAGUUGCCUUUGUCUCCAGCCCUCUUAAAACUGCUGACCUCCUUUUCAUUUCGUUUCAGACUUCACAUUAGUCUUCUUGAUUGCACUUUUGUUGCUUGACUAACAAGAUUACUCUUCUAGUUCUCAUCCUGUCUAAGUUCUGACAGCCAUGGUCAUUAUUCAGCAAUCUCAGACGCCCGCUGUGCUGAUUGGCACAUUUAACAUGGCUCAACGUCCGAUUGAACAGGACCUUUCGGACUGGUUGGCCACUCACCCAUCCUUGUCUACACAUAUCCAUGAGUCUGUCCCUGGGAGCCCUUUGGUGCCACCCUCAACCGCAUCUGCCGCCGAGAUGCUUGCAGCAGCAGCAGCAGCAACUGCCACAGCGAGCGCCCUCUCUGCCCCGCUCAUUCCUGAUAUCAUUGCGGUAGCAUUGCAAGAGUUUGCGCCCUAUCCUGAUGCCUUCAUUCAUGACACGUACCGCAUCAAGUCUAAAAUUGAUGAAUUAGCACAAACGAUUCUCCGGACGCUUCACAAGACUUUUGCAGGUGGUCACCGCUUCAGUCUCAUUUCACAGACUGCUCAAGUUGGAAUGGCUCUCCUUAUCUUCACGCGAGAUGGAGCUAUGACAGAAUAUGUUGACAGGAUCUUAAACAGUUCUGUGGGCACAGGACCCUGGGGUAUGGGGAAUAAAGGUGCUAUUGCGACUAGGUUGUCGAUUAGACUUCCACUGACAACUGCGGCGGUGGCGACGACAGCCAAUGGAAGUUUUGGUAUUAGUCGCUCUGGGUUUGAGAUUUGCUUUAUCAAUGCACACCUUAGUGCACAUUUGGACGAAAUCAAACGAAGAAACGAUGAUUACCUCGCAAUUUGUCGGAGGAUGAUUUUUGUAGAUGACCGAGAUAACCAUGUGAAGGGUCUGCUGUUUGAACAUCAGGAGCGGUUAUCGUCUAAAGCCUCCUCGUUUUCUUCCUCGUUUGAUCAACAACGCGAGCAAGAGAUAGAUGAUGACAACGAAUCUUUCUAUCAGGGUGAUAAUGAUACUGGACCAUUGCUCCCAAAGAAGAAAAAGAACUCACAAUCCAAUAAUAACGACAGCAAUCAAAAGAAGCGUUAUCAUGCAGAGCAAGAAAAAAAGACAAGUCUUCCACCCUGGGAAGAGUCUAUUUUUUCGAGCGACUACAUCUUCUGGGCAGGUGAUCUCAACUAUCGUCUGGACCUUGCAAAAUCCGAUGGUAACUUGACCAAAAGGAAGACGAAAAAGAAGCUUUCUUCGGAGGAUAUGCUUUCUCAGUCCACUAUGCCGGAUUUGACAGCUGGUGAGAUCGUCCAUGCAAUCAAACAGGGCCACCUACGGCAGUUAUACAGUCAUGAUCAGCUUAGUGCGCAGCGUAAAACCAUGAAUGUUUUCAAACAUUUUCAUGAAGCACCGCUGGCUUUCCCUCCAACUUACAAAUUCAGGAUGGGAUCAAAUGAAUAUAGCAUUACAAAGCGCGUGCCUGCAUGGACAGACCGAGUGCUCUGGUACGUCCAUCCAAGACAUGAGGGCAGCCUUGACGAGGACAAGGAUGAGGAACUGGACGCAUGGGAUGAGCAUUCCCGGGGAUUAGGCUCAGGAGCGUUACCAAUGGAACCUUCUAAGGGGCCAACAAGAAGACGCGAGGACAGCUCCCCAGGAACCUGGUCAUCGGCCUCCUCCUCAAGCACGCUGUUCAAAUCAAAAUCCAGAGGCACAUUCUCCAGUCUGGCGAAAAAAGGCGGAGCCAGGGCUGUAAUUAGUGCGAGUCUGUUUCAACCACCAUUGAAUAUGGAACCAACACAUGAUGCCGCUCCUUCGUCAUCGACAAUCUCUGCCAACAAUAGCUCAUCAGUCCAUCGAAUUCCAUUAUCGACUGCUCGGUCAUCCAGUUCAAUUAAUGGCCUCUCAUCUAGGACUAACGGACAUAGCCAACAACAACAGCAACCACUCACUCAAUCACCUGGAUCAACACUGGUGUCGAUAUCUGGAGAACCAUGUACUAGCCCACUAUUAAUUCAUUACUAUACAUCACAUCCAUAUUACCUAUCUUCAGAUCACAAACCUGUAUCAGCAUUGUUUACGCUUUUACCACACAACUUGGCAGCACAACUAGAGCCCAAUCCAUAUGGCAUUGACCCAGCCUGGCGUCGUAAAAAGUAUAUAGGAAAGAAAUUGACGACAGUGGUAGGACACUUUCUGCGCUGGGGCUUCUUGGUACUUGGCUUGGGAGCGCUUGGAUCGCUGAUGGUGCUGGUGAGGAAACAUCUACAUGGAUGGUAGUAACUUAUUCUUAAUAUUCAUUGUCAGUCAAUGGUGAGUUCUAAACAUUCAACAGACACGGCCAACAGCUUAAUAAUAUGCACUAAUUUUGAAUAUAAU